CUGGAUAAGACGCUGUACUUUUUCAUAGCCGGCAGGUAUGAGUUCAGCAAUAAAGGCGCCGACAUUUUCAUCGAGUCGUUGGCCCGACUUAACCACUAUUUGAAGUCGACCGGAAGUGAGGUGACUGUAGUGGCGUUCCUCAUAUUCCCGGGCCGUACCAACAACUUCAAUGUGGACUCAUUGAGAGGUCAGGCCAUUGCCAAACAGCUCCGGGACACCAUCGACGACGUCCAGUCAAGUAUUGGCAAACGACUGUUUGAACAGUGCUUAGGCGGUAAAAUCCCAGAAAGCAGUUCACUGCUAGAGGCGGACGAUAUCGUGAAACUGAAGCGCUGUAUAUAUGCGGCUCAACGGACAUCACUGCCCCCUAUAAUCACGCAUAACAUGGCCGACGACUCGACGGACCCCAUACUGGCAUCCCUGCGCCGCUGCCAACUGUUCAACAGCCGGGACGAUCGUGUCAAGGUCAUCUUUCACCCGGAGUUCCUCUCAUCUACCAGUCCGCUCAUACCUAUCGACUACGAGGACUUUGUGCGCGGAUGUCAUUUAGGAAUAUUUCCCUCGUAUUACGAGCCCUGGGGCUACACCCCCGCCGAGUGCACAGUGAUGGGCAUACCCUCCCUCACGUCCAACCUGUCGGGCUUCGGCUGUUUCAUUCAGGAACACGUGGCCGACCCCAUGAGUUACGGCAUCUAUAUUGUCGACCGGAGAUAUAAGAGUGCUGAGGAGAGUGUGCAACAGUUGGCGCAAUACAUGUAUGACUUCGCGUGUCUGUCCCGUCGACAGCGUAUUAUUCAACGCAAUCGUACGGAACGACUGUCCGAUUUGCUCGACUGGAAGAACUUGGGGAUCUAUUACCGAAAGGCGCGUCAGUUAGCCCUCCAUAGGCUGCACCCGGAGGUGAUGGCCGAGGAUCUCGAGUCAGUGCGGGUGCGAUACCCGCGACCCUUCAGCGAACCGCCCACACCGUCGACCAGUAGGGGUGCGUCGCCCACCUCUAGCCGUGCGACCAGUGAUGACGAGGACGACGAUGAGGACGAUAAGGACAGGGAGGCCGUGGAGUCCGAUGGGAACGAUUCGGACGUCGAGCGACAAAUUCUGGCCACACCUGAAAACCCGUGAUUUUUUAGUGCCAUUAGGUUUACGCGUAUUUGUGUCGACCCUAGUGUGCAAUUGGUUUUACAAAUAUUUUGGGA